GUUCCGUAUUCUUCGCUUGCAAGCGAGUACUAAGCACAUCAAGAGUUCAGCCGACGCCGCCAUGGCAAAAGGAAAGAAUCUGAACCCAGCGGACGCGUUUAGAAAGGCUCAGCGAAAGAAGGAACUUAAAAAGAACAAGGCAGAGAGGUCCAAAGCUCGUGACUUCGCUCUAGUCAAGAAAGACACAAGAGAUCUCCAGGAUGAAAUUGAGAAGCUUGAGGGAGUUGCAGAGCCCUCUGGCGCAGAGAAAUAUCGCCUGGCAGAACUCAAGGCAGAGCUAAACAAAAUCAUGGCUAAGAAAGAAGAAUACGUCCAAGAGCAUCCUGAACAACGUAAACUUGUUUACCGAGCUCGUAGAGACAAGGAUGAGGCCAACAAAGAGGAACCGGUUGCCGAGCAGAAACGAAAUGUUUUCAACAAACAUGGCUUGCCUCGGCAUCCUGAACGAAGCAUCUACUAUGAUGCUGUCAUGAAUCCCUACGGUGUACCCCCUCCAGGAAUGCCUUACAUGGAGAGACCCCUGAGGCCUGACGAGACAGCCAGAGAUGAUGAAGCUGAUGGCGACGACGACGUCGUUAUGCCUGAAGGUCCUCCUCCAACUGGUAACAACAAUGACAUGGUUGACAGUGAUGAUGACAUUCCGAUGCCAGAAGGACCUCCACCAAGCAUUCUUCAAAAACCACCACUGCCACCAAACAUUCCCUUCAGUGUUGCUCCACUUCCGCCACCCCCGCCUCCUCCGUUUGUCCAGGGUUCCCCGCCUUUCCCGCCGUCUUAUCCCUAUCAAUCUUCAGGAUUUGGACAUACUUCUCCUCCUGGCUUCCCGCCCGGUGUCUCACCAUACCCACCUGUAUCUGCGUUCAUGCAACCUCAUAUGCCUCCCCCACCUCCUGGGUUUUUCCCUCGUGUACAGUCUGCUUCGUCCAUACAAGACCCGCUUUCUGCUAUUCCUCAUCAAACGUACCAAGCACAUCGUGUCAACCGCCUUACUCCCCAUCCAUCACUUCCCCAAAAACCUCCGCCAGCCCCUGGCGCUUCCUCUAUAGGGAUUGCUGGUAAUAAUACAACUACAGCUACGAUUUCGGCCGCGCCGCAAUUACGGGACUUCAAGAAGGAGGCUACGGCGUUCGUUCCGACAUCCCUCAAGCGGAAAAAGCCUGCUGCUGGAAUGGCGUCAUCUAAGGUCAACGCAGCUCCUUCUCUCGGUGCAGGGUCAGAAUCUUCGGAACCAGCACAAGCUUCACGACCGGAUCUUGUGAGCUCAUUGAUGGACAAAUUCGGACCGGUACCUGUGGUUGCAGCAGCCUCCCUGAAUGAAAAGGGAUCUUUGAAGGGCAUGCAGUCCAACGUUGGGAAGAAGGAUGAUUAUCAGAAAUUCGUGGAGGAGAUAGGUGACAUUUUAGGACCUUCGAAGCCAUGAGGCAUUCGCUGCUUGCAUAUCUUGACGUAAACUCGGAAGGAGCAAUGCAGUUCGCUCAGGUGAUUUACCGCGUGAGAUUGUCUCCAGCUUAGAAAAUAUUCACAAAAGGAUAGCGUGUAAUUCCUUGACUCG